GCUCCGUCCUCCCUCGUAUAUUCUACUCCGGACAGUCCUGCGAUUCAUAUUAGGUUUGUGAGAACUUGGGAGAGCAGCCUGACCUCGUCAUUAGUCUAGUCGUCUUUUCCGCUCGGUCAUAAUGGGGCGACGAAACUUCAUAAAGCCGGCCCCACGACCGAACGGAGGAAGGUCAUUGCAAGGCAGCAUGGAGGACAGAAUGCUGCCGCUUGUGCAGGAAUACCAAUACCAACAGAGCCAAAUAGACGGCAUAAAAAGCGACGUCGCCUUGAGGGAGGAGGAUGCCAUUUUGCAGUACAUUCGCUCUCAGGAUACGACCCUUGCGCGGAAGCCUGAGCGGAAUUUAAAGGUUGCUUUGGCAAAUGUCGUGAGGCAAGUUCGCAGUUUGGGCUCAAAUCAGGGCACAGAUACGCCGAACGACUCCGACGAAGACUUGGACUCCGAUUUUGCUUUCGAGGACGUUCCCAUGAUGGAGGUGAAGGAAACGAAUUCGAUGAACAGGUCCAUUUUGGGAAUAUACGGGGCGAAAAAGACUGUUGUGGAGACUUCGUCUUCCAUCAUUGUACCGGCCAGUCCUGCACGGGUCACCACCUCCUUUGCAGGAGACACAAUCAACGCAGCAAACGAAGCUACACAGCAGGAAGCGCGGAACGUACUGGAUGUGGAGCAACCGUCGGGGGAAACAGCCAUUUCAGACGCACAACCGGCCGAGCGAACGAAGAAGCGUCGCCAAAAGGACGCUCCCUCAGGCCAGGAGUCGAAGAAAGCGAAACGAAGCAGCCACGAGAAAGCCACAGCGAAGUGGCCGACACCAACAGCACGAUUGUCUGAUCUCGGAGGAAUGGACGGAUGCGUAGAGGAGGUUCUCCAGCUCAUCGGGAUGCCACUGAAGCAUCCAGAGAUUUUCCUGCAUUUGGGGAUUCAACCUCCCCGAGGAAUCCUGCUGCAUGGUCCUCCUGGAUGUGGGAAAACUCUGUUGGCCCACGCGAUUGCGGGGGAGGCUGGGGUUCCCUUUGUUAGCAUCUCUGCACCGUCUAUCGUUUCAGGGAUGUCUGGAGAAUCAGAGAAGAAGUUGCGGGAGAUCUUUGAUGAGGCUAAGGAUAUUGCACCGUGCCUGAUGUUCAUUGACGAAAUCGAUGCCAUUACCCCCAAGAGGGAGACGGCGCAGCGGGAGAUGGAAAGGAGAAUAGUCGCUCAGCUGUUGACGUGUUUAGACGACAUAUCAAUGGACAAGACGGACAACAAGCCGGUUAUAGUGAUUGGAGCAACAAAUCGACCAGACUCGAUCGACUCCGCAUUACGGCGAGCCGGACGAUUCGACCGUGAGAUAGCGAUCGGCGUGCCAGACGAGGCAGCGAGGGCAAGAAUUCUGGACAAACUAUGCUCGAAAUUGCGCUUAUCGGGAGAUCUGGAUACGAAAUCUCUGGCGAAAGUGACACCGGGCUAUGUUGGAGCAGAUCUGAACGCAUUGACGGCGGAGGCGGGCAUGCUGGCCGUACAACGCAUUCUGAAGACACUGACGAGAAAGACGGGUCCGGAAGGCCCAGCGGAGGCGGUGGUGGCGCCUCCGUCGAUAUCGAUGGAUGGGGAAGCAAUGGACGUCGACCAACAGAUCCCAACCACGACGGAAACUAGUGAUAGUCCGACUUGGGUUGAGGGCAUCCAGGGUGUGCUCUCCCAGACGAUGUCCGUCUCGGAGUUCCUGAGUUCCUGCCCAGAACCAUUAACGGAAUCCGAGCUAGAGCCAUUAUGCAUCAUCUUCAGCGACUUCGAAGCCGCACUGAAGGUAGUCCAACCCUCAGCAAAGCGUGAAGGUUUCGCGACUGUGCCCGAUGUCUCCUGGGCCGACGUUGGGGCAUUAACGCAAGUCCGGGAAGAGUUGCGCAUGGCCAUCGUUGAACCGAUUAGGCAUCCGGAAUUCUUUUCGCGGAUGGGCAUUGCGUCCGCUAUGGGCGUUUUGCUGUACGGCCCACCGGGAUGUGGAAAGACAUUGUUGGCUAAGGCUGUGGCGAACGAGAGUUGUUGUAAUUUUAUCUCAGUUAAGGGGCCGGAGUUAUUGAACAAGUAUGUCGGCGAGAGUGAGCGAGCGGUACGGAUGGUGUUUGCAAGGGCGCAGGCUUCAUCGCCUUGUGUCAUUUUCUUUGACGAGCUGGACGCUUUAUGUCCAGCGAGGUCCAAUGAGGGCGAGUCGCAAUCAUCAUCCCGCCUCGUAAACACCCUUCUCACCGAAAUGGACGGCAUGCAAGGCCGCAAACAAGUCUAUGUCAUCGCCGCCACCAACCGACCCGACAUGAUCGAUCCAGCCAUGCUCCGUCCGGGCCGUCUCGACAAAGCCCUGUACGUCGACCUCCCCGACGCGUCGGAGCGUUACGACAUUCUCACAGCCGUCGCCCGCCGCACGCCACUGGCACCUGACGUUGACCUGCGGAGCGUUGCGGGUGACGCGAGAUGCGACGGAUUCAGCGGUGCAGAUUUGGCGGCGUUGGUGAGGGAGGCGGCUGUUGCGGCGUUGAGGGAGGGACUGUUUCAGCAGAGUGCGGCUUUGGGCGCACCCGGGGCUUGGGGCGUGAAUCACAUCCAGGGACCGAAGGUGAAGGUUGAGGCUACGUUUGUGCAGCAACGACAUUUCAUGGUGGCGUUCUCGAAGAUGUUGCCUUCUGUCAACAAAAAGGACCGCCGCAAAUACGAUCUCCUACGCGUGAAGUUCGGCAAUGCAUCCUCCCCAAACGUGCCUGCCCCCCCGCAGGCACCCGUGGCCAACCAAGAUGUAGAUGCCUGAUAAGCAUCGGCCACGCAUCAACCCCCCCUUUUUGGCGUUCCAGUUUAGCGCAUAUGGAUCUUUCAGUUUGCAGAUUAUUGCGCUCUCAGCACCUCGCGGAGAGUCAAAGCAUGUAUAUAGAGCCAGGUACAGUGGGGUCACACACCACCUCAGGGCCACACAAACAAAUCCCCCAGCCAGCAGCGGGAAAAACUGCAACGUCACAUCGACAUGCUCCAACGGCGGCACGUUCCC